AUGGUGAUGGGGAUGGCUGCUCAACCAUUCUUCUUGUUAGCCGGGCCCAAUGUAAUCGAAUCAGAGGAGCAUGUCAUGAAGAUGGCCAAACACAUCAAAGCCAUCACAACCAAACUUGGGGUGCCUCUUGUGUUCAAAUCAAGCUUUGAUAAAGCAAACCGUACGUCAUCAAAAUCAUUCCGUGGCCCUGGUCUGGAAGAAGGCCUAAAGAUCCUUGAAAAGGUGAAGGCCACAUAUGACCUUCCAGUGGUCACUGAUGUGCAUGAAAGCUGCCAGUGUGAAGCUGUUGGAAGAGUUGCUGAUAUUAUACAGAUUCCAGCUUUCCUGUGUCGCCAGACUGACCUUCUAGUGGCUGCAGCUAAGACUGGGAAAAUUAUCAAUAUCAAGAAAGGACAAUUCUGUGCUCCUUCUGUUAUGGCCAACUCAGCGGAGAAAAUUAGACUUGCUGGAAAUCAACAUGUGAUGGUCUGUGAGCGUGGCACCAUGUUUGGCUACAAUGAUCUAAUUGUUGACCCAAGGAACUUUGAGUGGCUGAGAGAAGCAAAUUGCCCAGUGGUAGCUGAUGUAACACAUGCUCUACAACAGCCAGCUGGAAAAAAGCUUGAUGGUGGUGGGGUUGCAAGUGGAGGUUUACGAGAACUAAUACCAUGCAUCGCAAGGACUUCUGUUGCAGUUGGUGUUGAUGGUACAUGA